AUGUCACGGUCCGAACGAGCCGUACCAUGCGCCCUGUCUCCGUCCCCUUUGCCGCCGACUUUCAGACUCCGCCGAGCAGGCUUCUUGGACCUCCCUGCUGCAGCUCGCACAUGUUCCCUGGCGUUCGAUGACGAUGUGCUGUUUGGCCGCCUGAUCCAUCCAUACCGGCGAUCUUACCCUGCUGAUGUUGACAAGUACUGGUACCGCCGGUUUGUCGUGGACUUCUGGGACUGGAGCCAUGUGUUCCUCGUGACGACCGGACCUGACGCUGCAGACAAGACCAAGGAGGUCGUCACCGGCUUUGCACACUGGAGUCGGAUAGCUCCCGGUCGGAGAGAGAAUUUUGAAGCCGGAUGGGGACUGACUGGCCUGGAUCCAAGGCGUUUGCUCCAACCGCUAUGCCGCUUUCUCAUGAGAUUCCUCGCAUUCAUCUCGCCAAACCGAGCGGCUUCGAAGGAAGAUGAACUCAUUAUCGAAAGAUCCUACAACUACCUUGACCAUAUAUGGACUGGUGAACGAUCGGAAUCAUGGUAUCUCGAAUGCCUGGCUGUCCAUCCAGAUUAUCAGAGACAAGGCCAAGGCCGCGCUCUUGUCGGCUGGGGGUUACAGCAAGCACUCAGAGAGGGCAUCGCCUGCAGUGUCAUAGCCGCAGAUGGGAAGGAGAGGUUCUAUCAGGCUUGCGGAUUCAACGUUGGCCCUGUCGGAAGAUCCGGCGAAGGAGAAGGAAACCCGCUAAGAGAAGUCCCUGGUGGCCUAGUUUUCUUUCAAGAGAAACGAGGCGUAGUCCUCCCAGAUCGCGACUUGGGAUCGUGGACGUAUGGACAUGGCGUCUUUGACUGGGACGACUGGAAGAAGCAAGUUGAGGCCAAAAGGCAUAAGAUGAGACUGCUUGAUGACUUAUCCACAGCCUCCAGCGUGCAGUGA